CAUUCGGCAUAUACCAAACGUGGUGUUUACAGUGUCUGUGAGGCUUUUUAUAGUCUGACGUGAGGUUUACGUAUGUGAACGUGAAAAAUGUAAAGGACAUGUUAUUAAACACUAUUUAGGACUUUAUACGAGUAAUUAGACACUUUUGUGAUUAUUAUUGAACAUUAACAACAGACGUUGCUGAAGUUUUUGCCCAGAUCGUCAGAUAAAUCCAGAAAAAUGCUAACCGUUGCACUAGUUAUCGUCUCUUUACUCGCGAGUUCAUCGUGCACGAAUCCUUCCUGUAAAAAGACUCAAUAUCCGUGUGAAGACGGUGAUUGCAUCGAUGUCAGCAAAUUUUGCAACGGCAUCAAAGACUGCAAAGAUGGAAGCGACGAAAAAGUGAAUUGUUCACCUUGCAACAUGACCUACUACGGAUACGUGGGCAUCACUUAUGAAAUAGAGAUAAAGCGACCCUCAGAGACCCAAAUACCCUUUGUCUGUUUUCUGAACUUCACAGCUGGCGGAGGAGCUUUAGGAGAACUCGUCCAGUUGAGCUUCGAGUCGUUUUCAGUCGGAACUUUUGAAUCUUUCAUGUCCGGAGGAUGCCCCGAUGGUGCCGUAUCAAUUAGAGAAUCGAAUCGACCAAGCAGCGGUGGUGAAUGGUGUGGAAGCGCUUGGGGCUAUUCGGUGUACUACAGCGAAACGCCCAGCAUCAACUUGACUUUGAGCAUCAAGACAAUUAGUCAACAGCAAAACUCCGGAAAUAAGUUCGAGUUCAAGCUCUCCUACAAAUUCCUGAAAUUAAGCGAUGCACGAAUCCGAUACGGAAACUCCACGCAGCGAUCAUACAGGGGUAAACUGAGCGCCGGAACGUACUGCGAUCGGCUAUUAGAGGGAUGUUCGAGAAGGUCUUGUCGGAUCCAGAGUCCCAAUUAUCCGGGGAUUUACCCUCGAAAUGUGAGCUGCCAAUACAGGGUGCGUGAAAGAAACGUUCCGCCGGGGAAACACGCGCUGAUCGCCGUCAGACAGGCCAAUUUCCAUUAUAAGGAGCACGUCGCCAAAUUUGACGGUGGUGACAGAGGGAUAAGAACUUGGGAUCAGUGCAAUAUGAUGCAAGACUAUCUAGAAAUUUUAGAUGGAUGGGGACAAACUGCUACAACUUUAGCUCACCUUUGUAGUGGAGAAACCAUUCCAGAGAUUGUUAGUAGUGGUCCUGAAUUGCUAGUGAAGUUCCACACAUCUCCAUUCGGUAACCCCUUUCAUCCUCUACCAAUAUCAUAUCUACCAGGAUUCGAGUUGGAAGUGGAGAUACUUUAUGUGAACAAAGAAUCUCCAACGUAUAUCGAACAUGGCAAGAAAUGCGAAUUUGUCGUUACGUCAUUCGACAAUCCAUCGGGAUACUUAAAGAACCCUUUGCAUUCAUUACCUCCAAACACCACCUGCCAUUACCACUUCAGGGGACAAUCCAGAGACAUUAUAUGGAUAUCCUUUAUAAAAUAUCACGUAAUCAACGAGCGGCUCACAGACUUCAAUACAGGAGAUUGUAACGUUGAACUGCAAAUUUGGGAUGGUGAUAUAAAAAGUCAAAACACUGUCCCACUUAUGGGACAAUUUUGCAAAGACGAUAAACCUAGGUUGUGUGAUCACACAUUGCUCAAAAACUCAUCAAGAAUCACGAGACCAUGUGGUCUCACAGAAAGUUACGUCAGUACGAACUCAGACUUGACGAUAUCUCAUUCUAUUAAAUACGGAAGCGUUUUAUACCCAGUGAAUUUUGUUUUGCGAUACGAAUUCGUUGAUUUAUCCCAAGAAGGUAUACAAAUGUCUAAGAAUCCCUGUGAUAGACUUUUUAGAACCCCCAAUGGUCGAUUUUACUCCCCGAAAAUUACGUUUCUGUUCGGAAGGGGAGGUAAAGAAGAUCUAACGUGUACAUAUCAGUUCGAAUCAAGCGAUCAACAACGACUCAAGAUAACUUUCAACAAAGCUCAAUUCGGCUCAAAAACGUGUCACUCCUUUUAUGACCAAGACGCUAACAGAUGGGAGUGUAAGUCUCAGAAGUCUGAUAACGGCGUUGCCUUUAUUCAAAUUUCCGAGUUUCCCUGGAAAGAUAUAGAAUUGUAUAGAGAUUGUAUUUGCCACAAUAUCUCGGAACCUUUCACUGUAAUCACCAAAACAUCUAGUAAAGUUGUUAUCAAAUUUGUUAUUAAGAAAAUGAGAAUUACAGAGGACUACAAUAAUUAUUUCUUCGAUGCUAACUUUGAGUUCAUUCCAAAUGACAACAACUGUCUCAAUCCUUGGAAUAAUAGGCGAUUGAGGGGUUCCAGUGGAGAAAUAACGAUUCGUAACAGUGACCACAGUUUAGAUAAACCAGAAAGUAUUAGUUUUAAGAAUCAGAGUAUAAGAUACUGCCUUCAGCAGCCUUGGCUGAUAGAGCCGGAAGAUGAAGGAAAUUUUAUUUAUUUGAAAAUAAAAGGCUCAAAAAAACGAGACUUAAGGCUGUGUCCUAGUAAAAACAGGAUACUGAUAUAUCCUGCCGGUAGGACUGAUAUCGUCCAUGUGAUAUGUCCAUAUUUUGACGGAAGUGAAGAUGUUGUGGAAAUGUUCUCAGAGGGCUGGAUUUUGUAUAGUUAUAAAAAGACGCAGAAUAAAAAUUCCAGGAGCUUCAUUAUAGAGUUUUCUAGAAAAGAAAGUGGUAAUUUUGCUGUGACGUGGAUGGAAGUGUCGAAAAAUCCUGCCCUUACGUUACCUACGUCCAUGUUGAUGAUAGCACCGCCGGAAUGCCCACAUAGUUGUCCGGAGCUUGGUGCCUGCAUAAGCUCAGACCUUUGGUGCGACGGCCUACGACAUUGUCCAUCCGGCAACGACGAGCAGGAAUCCAACUGUUCGAUAAGAGGGGGAUUCCCCACGGCCUACCUAAACUCAGCUGCUUUAUCCGCUUUGGCCAUUACUGCCCUGCUUCUAGUGGUGAUCGCCGCCUUCUACGCUUUCAGGCACUGGCGACAAGAGCAGAAGAACGUGAUGGUGUCAGUGACGGAACAUACUUUUUUAGAGUUUAAGAGCGGCUUCUGUUGAAAGAGGUCGCUGCUCACUGUGUUGUUGUGUAUAUUUUAAAGACAGAGCGGAUAGGGUAUACGGAGGGAUUUAUCUUGAUAUGGUUCAUGAAAUAUAUGUAUUCAGUUUUCAAUAAAAUUAAGAAUUGUUGGGAUCCAUAAGUUCUUCAGACCCGGCUCAAAGGACCAUGCUGGGAGGCUGGUAAAUAGAUUGAGCUUUGUGUAUUGACAUGUUUUUACAUACAUUUAAUAUCUUGAAGUAAUAUUACAAACAAUAUAUUAAAUUGGAUAAAAUUUGAAAAGAAAAAAAUUGGUGAAGGUUACGAAGUGUAAUCCAUAAAUAUACAAAAAUUACUAACCAGUAUUAACAGCUAUCUAAAAGCAAUAUAUAGCUACUAAUUUCGAGUAAUAUGAAAUAUUUUGAAAUUAUUUCCUUGCAUAAAGAAAUUUGCCGUUUGUUUCGUCAAUCAUCUCUUUGCUCGAGCUGAAUUUUUAUUUACGAGCUAUCUCUUAUGUUUGUCUAUAUUUGGAAAUACAUAAUAAUCGGAUGGAGCCAAAUCAGGAGGGUAAGCCGGAUGAGAAAGCAAUUCGAAGCCCGACUCAUGAAUUUUUGCCGUUAGCAUAAUGCAUUUCUUAUCCGGUGUCUUAGAGAAACAACACUUUUUUCUGUAUAUGGGACCAUUACUCACUGAGUUCUUGCUUCAAUUUUUUCAAUAAUGUAUCCAUCCAUCCUAUGGCUCUACUGCCUAAUUAGAUUCCUGGUCUCCUUUACCAAUUCUGCAUUUGUUGCAGUCUCUAGGCAUUCUUCUCUGCGAUUGACUGCCAAGAUUUCUUGGCUCCUCAUCCAUAUCAUCAUCACAUCGCUUUCUCGGUCUUCCAAUACGUCUCUUUCGCUGCAUUGUUGCAUUCAAGUUUUUUUUUGAAGCCUGUUUUCUUCCAGUCUAAAUACAUGGCCUAUCCAUUGAAGACAUAUCAUCCGUUCUAGGCGGACAUAUUGAGAUAAAGGUGAUUCUUUAUAUAUUAUAUAUUUCAUAAUUGUAUAUGAUCUCUCACCUAUUAACUAUUGUUCGUUCUUUGGUGUUUAAGAAAGGAUAACUAAGAGACUGUAACAACUAUAGUGGAAUAUCUGAAUACAACAUGCGAAAUUCUAACAGCUCUUAUCGGACAAAACUCGCUCAAUUCACAAAAAAAAAAAUUGAGGACUAUCAGCAAGAAUUUAGGAAAGGCAAAUCCACUACAGACACGAUACAUAUAACUCCACAAACAAUCGAGAAAUGACACAACACAACACAACACUUCGUAGACUUCAGACAAGCCUACACAGUGUAUUAGAAGAAAUAAAUUUUUUAUUGAAAUAAAAAAUCAAGAUAUACGGGCAAAGCUAAUUAUAUUAAAAAAAUGACUAGGGAUGGAUCCAGAGCUAAAACAUUAGCAGAAGAAAGUAGCACAAAUACAAUUGCAAUAGAAACAGAAGUGCGACAAGGGUCCACCACUACCAACAUGGACAGCGGAAUCAAAGGAACCCACUCCUCAGCACAAAUAGUAGCAUAUGCAGAUGUCAUAGUUAGUAUGGAAAGAGAUAAGGAAAGAUUAAAAUCAGCAUUAACAAUCCUGGCAAAUGAAGCAUGGAAAAGAAGUCUAUAAAUUAUCGAAGGAAACAAAAAAUUUCUAAUCUGCUGUAAAAGAGAAGAUAACAAGACGAGAGAAAGCAAAAUAGAAAACUAGAUUUUUGUAAGAGUUCCACAAUUCAAAUACUUGGGAGUAAUAGUGAAUAGCAAAAAUAAAAGAAGUGGAGACAUCAAGACAUACUGAAGAUCCCAUAGGCUCAGGAAAGACAAGAACAAAUUCGACGAGUAGUUACACGCGCAGCUGGAAAGGAUACUCUUCAGAAGAAAUGCGGACCCGAUAUGGUAGGGGAGCCCAAGCGGGGAUUUUUGCAGUUAUUCGAGCGCGUCAGAUUAUUACAUGGGGAGAAACCUUGUACCCUGAAAAUGUACCUCUACCAUAUAUUGGCUCUUAAUGCAGGGGAGUUCGUUAGAAGGGGGGGCGAAAAAAAAUCUUUCAAAACUCGAAAUCGUCAGAUUAAGACAAGGUAAGUUAAGUACAUGCAAAACAAUGUAUAUUUCAAAAAUCUAACGAUUUGAGCGGGGUGUAAGGAAAUGGGUGAGUCCCAAAGUUUCACAAGAAAAUAGCGAAUAUUUCGCGAAAUGAAUGACAGAUCGAAAAACUAAAAAAUACGUUCUCUAUAUUUUCCAAAAAUCUGUCGAAUGAUACUAAAUACGACUUCCCACGGAGAGGGGUGGGGGGUAAAUUAAAAAUUUUAAAUACCACUCCCGCAAUAUUUCGCGAAAUGAACAUCAGAUCGAAAAACUGAAAAAUACACUUAUUCAAUAUUUUUGAAAAAUCUAUCGAAUGGCACCAAAUACGACCCCACACGGAGGUGGGGUGGGGGGUUACUUUAAAAUCGUAAAUGGAAGCCCCUAUUUUUUAUUGCAGAUUUGGAUUUCUUACGUAAAAAUAAGUAACUUUUAUUCGAGACAUUUUUUCGGAUUAUGGAUAGAUGGCGCUAUAAUAUAAACAACGAUUGUUGGAAAUGGAAAAUUAAAUUAAAAAUGGAAAGUCUCCACUAAAAUGGAAAACUUUAUUUAACUUUUUUUGGUUUUAGGACCUACUCUUCACAACCCCAAUAGGCCCCCGUAUAACGCUCGAGUGACUGCACAUUUAGCAUACUUUGCUCCCCUACCAUAAGAAUGGAAAACCGAGAAAAGACAAGAAAAUGAACCAUUAAAUAAGAGAUAUAACGAAGAGAGAAAAUAUAGUUACAUUUAUGAAAGUGUAGAGACUCGUAGAGGGAAAGAGAAGCGCAGGAAGGAGAUGCGCUUCAAGAACCUGAGAGAAUGGUUUGGUUGCAGCUCAAGGCAACUAUUCAGAGCAGCUGCCUCGAAGGUCAGAAUAGCCAUGGUGAUUGCCAACCUUCGUGGCGGAGAUGGCACUUAACACAUUGCGUGCCACGCUUUAAUCGAAAUACUAGUCUCAAGGGCCAUUGAUAUCCACGGCAAUGAAAGUCAGUCAUAAGCGUAUAUCAAAAAUGAGCGACGUGGCCCCUAGCAAAGUAUCUGUGUCUCUCAUAUAUGAGCGACGCGGUACGCAAUGUGUUAAAGAAUAAGGAGAGACUGAGAUGGCUAGGACACAUAGAGAAAGGGAAAAACAACCUACUGGGUCAUCAGAUGGGCUAGAAAGUCCAAGAGGAAGACUUAGAGAGGGAUGGGAGGACCAGGUCAAGAGAAAUAUCAAAACCCUAAAAGUGAGAAACUAAAGAGACCUAUGCAUAGAUCGAAUGUGAAAGAAAAUUGUAACGAAAGCCAAGUCAUAAAACAAACUUAUACUGACAAAACACAAGAAGAAUGCAGAGUGAUUCACUGCAAUAAGAGAAUCAAAGAGUUCUAAGGAAAAUCUAUUAACGGUGUAUGUAUAUGAUAAUGAUAAGUUAAGGUCUUUUUAAGUCUUAACAAUAUUGUAUAUUUUUAAUAGUUCAAUAAUAGUCAAUUCAUUUUCCUUAUAUUUUGAUACAAUUCCUCUAUUUUAUUUUGUUUUAUUUUAUGUUCAAUAAAUGUUUGUAAAGAUAAGAACUUCAGGUUGUUUUAACGUUUGAAUUAUCCAAGACCUGCUAAACCCAUAACUAAAUCACUGAGAUAUUAUAAAAUAUAUUACUAAUUUUAAUUAAAUAGAUAUAUUGAUCUUGAAUUUUAGUAUAACUACCAGUAAUUCGAUCUAAUCUGUAACAAACUGGCGCCCAUCUGUAAUUCUGGCUAUGUGUCCUGCCCAUCUCCAUUUUAGUUUGGCUAUCCUUUCAAUGACGUCAGUCACCUUGGUUCUUCUCGUUCUCUCUUCAGUAGAAGAACCAAGGUGUUUAUCCGAGUUAUAUGAUAAUUAGUAUGGAUGUUUUCAAAAGCCAUAUUGUUUUAGUUUUACUUAAACAUGUAUAAAAUAUUUCAUGGACUUUAUCUUAAGUAUUACUAGUGAUUAUAGAAAAUGAAUGCAAUAAUUUAAAACAAUCUUAAUAGAAAUUGUUGGGAGAGUAUGCAUGUAAAGUAUUUCAUAAGAAAUGCUUGGAGUCGAAUGUCGACUAAAAGUAUGUGAUGCUUAGUACAAGGAGGAGAAAAAUUGUAAUACUUCAAUGACUGACAAUAUAUCUGUUGUAAAUGUAUUGUAAUAUAAGAAGUUUUUAUGGGUAUUACUAAAUAAGACUCUAAGGCAUAGUGCUAUCUACUUUGUUUUAUAUUAUUUUGUUAAAUUAUGGAAAAGUAGAAUACGUACAUUUUCUGAAAAUAAUAAAAUCUGUAAAUCUG